GCACUGAGAACAUAUUCCAGUUUUAUUUCUGCGAAUAAUUUAUUUUGAUUCUAGAGAUGGCGAUGCAUUUCCUAUCGACCGUUUUCUUCGUCCUUGUUGUUCUUGCCUGGUCAUCAAAAAGCGAAGAAAGUCGUCGCUGUUAUGGUUUUGAUAAUCUUGCCGGACCUUUGGCUAAAGUUCGUUCGAUAAACUCAACCAACAUCGGUUACUUCGAAGGAUGUGAAAUCGUGGAAGGAAACAUGCUUUUCCUCACUUAUGCUUUUAAAGGUGACAUAUACACACAUACCCCUCCCAUGAAUACUUCGCAGUUACAAGCUUUAAGCUCUAUAAAAGUCAUAACAGGUUUCUUGUACAUUAACGCAUGGGCGGAAAAUGUGACCAAUUUCUCUGCUUUUAAAAGUUUGGAGAAAAUAGAAGGUCGAACAUUGUUUCGUAACAUUGCUGCUAUUGUCAUGCAAGGGGUUUAUGCAAACAAUGGACCACAUUAUCUUCAACAGAUUGAAUCACUUGGUUUCGCCUCUUUGAAGUCAAUAGACAACGGGAACGUGUAUAUUGGCCAAAUGCAGAACUUGUGUUACGACAAAACCGUCGACUGGCAAUCUGUAUUGAAGAAUCCGAUUCACCGCAGCACUUUUACCAAGGGACUUUUACUUAGAAGAAACAAACCGAAACAUUUAUGUAACCUGGAUUUCGCAUGUAGCGAGUGCAGUACAAGAUACUGCUGGGCCCCGGGACCUGACUUCUGCAUGUAAAAAGUCGAAAAUGGAAUGAAACAGACAUCGACGCCGGACCCGCUUGAAUUAUAAUAUAUAGAUAUAACCAAAUAUACCGAUAACAUACAUGUAACCAGGUGUGGAACUAAUAUAAUAUGUAACCUUGGUGAUCAAUAAAACGGCUUUGCCAAA